AUGAGGCCAGUUUCACUACAUGCUAGGAUGGAAGGCAUGGUUUUAAUUGUUAUCCUCUCCAUUGUUCCCCCAUUCCACACUCUUGACUCUUCUCACUCGUUUUGCCUCUGCACCUCUAACACUCCACCGGUCCCAGAGAUGAAUGUGGAAAAGCUAAUGAAGAUGGCUGGUUCGGUCCGAACUGGUGGGAAAGGUACCAUGAGAAGAAAGAAGAAAGCUGUUCACAAGACUACUACCACAGAUGACAAAAGACUGCAAAGCACACUGAAGAGAAUUGGGGUGAAUGCUAUUCCUGCAAUUGAGGAGGUGAAUAUUUUCAAGGAGGAUGUAGUCAUCCAGUUCACUAAUCCUAAAGUUCAAGCAUCUGUUGCUGCCAACACUUGGGUUGUUAGUGGCACUCCUCAGAACAAGAAAUUGCAAGAUAUUCUCCCUCAAAUUAUUCAUCAAUUGGGUCCGGAUAACUUGGAGAAUUUGAAGAAAUUGGCAGAGCAGUUCCAGAAGCAGGGACCUGGUGCUGGAGCAGAGACAGAUGAUGGUGUUAAUACUGCACCAGAAGAAGAUGAUGAUGAUGUGCCUGACCUUGUUGCUGGCCAGACCUUUGAAGCUGCCGCUGUGGAGAGCCACACUUAG